GCUGAGGGGAUGGAGGGCGGCGAGGCGGGCGGCGGGCUCCUGCAGCAGAUCCUCAGCCUCCGCCUGGUGCCCCGCGUCGGAAAUGGCACCACUACCUACUCCAGCCCUCUCUCCACCUUCCCAGAGAUGUGGUACGGCGUUUUCCUCUGGGCUCUGGUCUCUUCGCUCUCCUUCCACGUCCCCGCCGCCUUGCUGGCGCUCUUCACGCUCCGGCAUCACAAGUACGGGCGGUUCAUGUCCGUGAGCCUCCUGCUGAUGGGCAUCGUGGGACCCAUCACCGCCGGCAUCCUCACAAGUGCUGCCAUUGCUGGCGUUUACAGAGCUGCGGGGAAAAAAAUGAGUCCCUUUGAAGCCCUGGUUUUAGGAGUGGGCCAGACCUUCUGCGUGGUGGUGGUUUCCUUCCUACGCAUUUUAGCCACUCUUUAGCUCUCCCUCAGAAUCCAGAGUUCCCAGAUCCAAGGGAGAUCAAAGGACCUGCCUGCACUGGCUCCCAAACGAAUGACACGGCGAGGCUGGGCCUGGGCUUCUCCACUGGCUACAGGCUGCAUGAAGGCCUGCUCCUGCCUUGAAAUUAACCUGAACGUUGUGAGUUUUGUUACUUUCUGGUAACAUUAAGUGCCAAGUGAAACGUUAUUCCUCUGGAGGACUGGGAAAACUUCCAGCAGUGGGAAGCCCCUUGUACCAGUGAUGAAUUGUAAUGAUGGGACAUAAUUAAGAUGUGACACCAGCUGUCCUGGGGAGUACUACAGAGUCAUGGCAUGUCUUCAGAGCUCACUGAAUGCUUUCACCUCCUGCUGCUUGGUUUGCAGUGAACCUGAAGCUCUUUUAAUGUGAUUUUUAUUGUAUUUUUUUUUUUUUUUAAAUGAGAAAAUGGAUUUGUCUUCUUCCUCGCCCCAGCUCUUGGUCACAGUGUGCAGCACAAGGAAGGAGUCAUUUUAGAGACAUGAGAGUGGAAAUUUGUGGCCGAGAGCUGUGACUGUGAAUGCUGUGGGCAGGGGGAGUGAAAAGGAUCCCUGGUGGUGUGAAUUUUAUGAUGGUGGAGUCCUUCUUGGCACCGUGCACCCUCUGCCCGAGAGGAAGCACAGCUGAACCCAGGCUGGAAACCCCAAGGGAUGUGUGCUGUUGAUUUUCAGGCUGUGAAAGAGACUCAUGUUUUUAAACUCCUCUGCUCUUCUCCUGUUACUUGCUGAUCAUGUUUACAUGGGUGUGGUGGAACUGGGUGUCUUCACUGGUUUCUGAAAGUUGCUGGCCAGCUCAUGGAAUCAUCCUCAUCCGGUGGGUGGAAUGUCUAGGAGGAUCCUGGGAAGAGCCUGGGUGAUUCCCAAGUCCACCAGGGACGAGCCAUGUGAACACAGCCCCAGACCAACAGGUGUUAUGUUCUCCUCUAAUUAAUUGUUUUAGUUUGUUUUGUUUUUAAAUGACUUUUAACUAACUCUUUGGUCUAUCCUCUUUUCUGGUAGCACGUCACGUGCUGGGCUGGAACAACCCUCAGCAGGGCCCUUCAUUUAGCAUUGAAAAGAAUUUCUCCCUCUGUUCCAACUUCUCCAGAGUGGUAUUUUUCAGGAGCUCCUUACUGAGAUUAAAUUUUAGCCUGUCUUAAUUCAAGGAAUAAAGCUGUGCAUUUUAGGAAAGACUUUAACAUGAACCUUCCCCCUGAGUGGGUGAGCUCCAAGGGGGGGUAACUUAUACUGAUCUCUGGAGCACCCCAUGGGUGUAGAGAGCUGGUCUUCCUCCCACCACGUCCCCAGGGAGGAAGGCUGGGCCUCUCCUUCCCUCUCCACAGCAGCAAUAAUGCUCUCUUGAGCUGUCUUUUCCCCCUUCCCACUUAUUUCCAAUGGCUGCACACACAGUGUGUGCCUGGAACACCUGGUUUCAUUCACAUGAGUUAUCCUGGAUGGAUUACAGGUCUCUCACUGGGUAGGUCUGACCUUACCUUUCAGGUGAUGAUGGAAACCAGUGUCCUGGGCACCCCCUGUGCUCCCCUUCCCAGGCUCCUGCCAUCCCUCUGUAGCAAGGACUAAGCUGGGAAAAGCACUUUUCUCCACGUGCCACGUGCUGGGGCACGAGGACGGUUCCUCCUCUCUGAGGCCCACAGAGACAAAUCCUGUUCAGAGCUCAGAGCAAAUGAAAAUAAAAAAAAAGGGGGCUUAAUAAAAUCCCUCGGUGCUGGGUGAAAAAAAAAACCUUCCUGUUUUCUACCCACUGUGAAUUGUUUUGAGGGGAGGAUCUGCUUCAGUUGAGGAGCUGGCAGCUUGGCUGCUGUUUGGAAGUGAAGUGGUUGGAGCUGGUUGUGCCUCUUUGUGCCCAAGAGCUGUGAACAUUUCAGGGAGUUCUUGCAUAAAAGGGGAACAAUCAGCUGCAGGAGAAGGGGGGGUGUGAGAUCUUUGUGUCCCCUGGCUGCCUUCCCAACCUCCCUCUCCAGUAAAGCCAGAUGAAAACUGGAAGGAGGAGCAGUCUUGAGUCCAUGCACCAGAUUGGCAGUGCCCCCUUGUCCUCUCAACCACAUGGCUUUGCUCUUCUCUUUGUGCUCCUUGUCCUGGGGGAGGCAAGUGGAGGGAUCCCUUCCAUGGGAAGACUUUGCUCAGUCAGACUUACCAAAAGCUGCACAGAACUUGCAGAAAUGUCCAUACUGAGGUGUCCUGGGCAGUGCUGUGACCCCCUGGCCAGGGAGCCCAGCCACCUGUGUCAGGCAAGAGAAAUGUCACUGCUUGAAGGUAGAGGGGGGCCCUGCUUUCUGUGUGCAAACACCCUCUGUGCUGAGGGAGAGAACAAACUGCAGCUGCACGAACAAAUCUUUGUAUGAUAGGAAAAAAAAAAAAUCCUCUGUAAAUUUUAUUUUUCUACUGACACUUCUUAAGCUGGUGGUGAUUAUCAGUAAAUUCUCUAAGGAACGAGA